GUCAUUAAAAUUUGUCAAAAAACGUGAAUGUGUGUCGUUGUGUGAUUAUUAUAUUAAUUGUUUUCCUGACCUCUAACACUUUUUUGCAAAUUAUUUUGAAUUAUUUGAUGUGGUGUCAAUACCAACAAGUAUAAAUAUUCCUACUGCAUCAUUUUGGUUAAAAUGAUUGACGAACAGGAAGCAAUAGUUGAGUUUAAUUUCGAUAUUCCCGAACCUGUUCCAGUUUGUAAAUGUCUUCGUGACGAUGAAUCUUCUGAACAAAUAGAAAUACAACCACGUAAAUUAAAAAUAUUAUCAACCGUUUCUAGAACUGAGAAUUAUUUAAUGGAACAUCAAAUCCCAGCACUAAUGCGAUUUUUACUAACAAAAUUAAUGAACCAAAAAUCAGAAACGCCUUUAAGCUAUUUAGAGAAACUAUUGGAUGACUGCAUGUUAUACCGUGCUGGAUAUGGAUCAGCGCCUGUUUUAUAUGAAGACAAACAUUUAGAGGCUGUUAUUAAGAGUUUUGAUCCUAGUAAUAGAGGUUGGUUAACUAUUGGACAAGUUCGACGAGCUCACGAUAUUUUGGGAUUAACUAUGAAAGAAUUCCAAACAGACCAAAUACCUUGUCAUACAGUCAUGGAUACAUUAAAAAAAUCGCAAGAGUCGGAACUAUUACAAUUAUUAUCUGCUGGGACAAUGGCCCAGGAAAAAGACCACGAAAAUUAAAUUUCAGCAUCAAGUAGAAAUUAAAAGUCAAACUAAAAAAACAAAAGCAAACCGUAUUUGAUUUAUUUUUAGUCCAAUGUUUAGAAUUACAAUGUUAAAAAUAUGUAUAAAAAAUAUGAAACAUAGAAAAA